CUGCAGACUCUCCAUCCCAGCCUGCUGCAAGAAGCAGCCCCAACACUUAGAGGGCUUUUCUUCCACCUGGGGUCAGGGGGGAUCCCCUGGCCGCCCCUUUAACCAUGAUUUUUCUGCUGUGGCUCUGCUGGGGAUUCUCUCUCACCUCUGGGCAGCAGGACUCAGAGCUCCUAGCUAGGUAUCUGGAAGAGAAGUUGAUGGUGAAUUCUAACUUCCCUGACUAUGUGGCGCGCAGAGUCCCAAGACAAAGCCGAUUUCUGCAGAGGCUGGAGACCAAGCCAAGGAUGGCUGAGUUCACAGUGAAAUCCACAAUCAUUUCCCGCUAUGCCUUCACCACCGUUUCCUGCACCAUGGUGAACAGCGGGUCUGAGGCCAAGGAAGGCACCUUUGAGAUGCAGAUCCCAGCUGCAGCCUUUAUCUCCAACUUCACCAUGAUCAUCGGAGACAGGAUUUACCAAGGGGAAGUCACUGCGAAAGAAAAGAGAACCCGCAAUCAGGACAAAAAGGGGGAUAAUAAACAUUCUGGUCCCAUAGAUCGCAGGGAGAAUGGAGUAGAGACUUUCAAAGCCUCUGGCACUAUUCCACGCAAGACCCAGGCCAUCUUCACGCUGCAUUACGAAGAGCUCUUGCAAAGGCGCCUGGGAAAAUAUGAGUAUACUGUCAGCAUCCGACCCCAGCAGCUCGUGGGCAGGUUACGUGUGGAGGUGAACAUCCUAGAGAACUCAGGCAUCAUUUCUCUGGAGGUGCUGCCGCUCCAAAACAGCAAGCAGAGGGGCAUCAAGAAAGUCAUAGAUGACAUCUCCCCGCCUUCAUCUACCGUGAUUGGCCAGACGAAAACGUUAGCCAAAGUGACCUUCAGUCCCAGUGUUGUUCAACAAACCCAGAUUGCCCGCAAUGGCAUUCUGGGGGAUUUUAUCGUUCGAUAUGAUGUCAACAGGGAGCUGAGUGUUGGGGAUGUGCAGAUCCUGAAUGGAUACUUCGUGCAUUACUUCGCCCCCCAGGAUCUCCCACCGCUGCCAAAGAAUGUUGUGUUCGUGCUGGACAGCAGUGCCUCCAUGGUGGGAGCAAAGCUCAGACAGACCAAAGAUGCUCUCUUCACCAUUCUCAAGGACCUAAGGCCAGAGGACCACUUCAAUAUUAUUGGUUUUUCUGACCGAAUCAAGGUCUGGCAACAGGACCAUAUGGUGCCAGUGACUCCAAACAACAUAAGAGAUGCCAAAAAGUACAUCCUUAACAUAUCACCUACUGGAGGUACUAAUAUUAAUGAGGCUGUCCAGACGAGUGCAAAGCUGCUUAACAAUUACAUUGCUCAGAAUGACAUUGACGCCAGGAGCGUCUCCCUGAUCAUCCUCCUGACAGACGGGCGGCCCACGGUCGGAGAGACGCAGUCCUCUAAGAUCCUCAGCAACACCAAGGAGGCCAUCCGUGAGAAAUUCUGCCUUUUCACCAUUGGCAUUGGCAACGACGUCGACUACAAGCUUCUGGAGAGGAUGUCCCUGGAGAACUGCGGCAUGAUGCGGCGGAUCCAGGAGGAGGAGGAUGCAGCCGCACCACUAAAAGGGCUCUAUGACGAGAUAGGGACGCCCCUUCUCUCUGACAUCCGAGUUGAUUAUCCCAAAGACAGUGUGGAGCAGGUCACUCAGAACCUUUUCCCCAACUACUUCAAUGGGUCUGAAAUUGUCAUUGCUGGGAAGCUCAUCGAACCCAACUCGGGCAAGCUCCAUGUGGAGGUGACGGCCAGCAACGCCUACAAGUACAUUCUCCUGAAAACCGAUGUAGCCAUAGACGCCCCAAGCAAGAAUGACAUCAGGGGCUCUCCUGGCGUGGAGGAUGGCAAAGAGGCUCAGAAUUAUGCUGAAAGGGCAUGGAGCUAUCUCACCAUCAAGGACCUGCUGACUUCCUGGCUGAAGAGUGAUGACAGUGAGGAGAGGGAACACUUGAUGGAUAAAAUCAAAUCAUUGGCCCUGACCUACAACUUCAUCACCCCCUUCACCUCCCUGAAGAUGAAGGAGUUACAGGCAGACCCGUCUAAGGAGGAUCAUGCCAGUCCUUCCACUGAGGGCACUGGGGAAAGAGUGCAGAGUUUGCAUGGACACAAAGCACCACCAGGUGUACCCAAGCAAUCAGACAAACAAAGAAUUAAAAUAUCCAGAACAUCAGCGGAUGGAGACCCUCACUUUGUCAUUGAUUUCCCCUCCAGCAAGCUAGCUGUCUGCUUCAAUAUUGAUGGACAACCAGGGGACAUUCUCAGACUGGUCUCCGAUCAUAAUGAGUCUGGCGUAACUGUGAACGGGCAGUUAAUUGGAGCCCCGUCUCCUCCCAAUGGCCACAAGAAACAACGGACCUACUUUAGCACCAUCACGAUCCUCAGCAAUAAGCCAGAGCGAUCCUACGUCGAGAUCACACCCACCAAGGUCAUCUUGGAUGAUGGGGAAAGACUCAUUUUGCCAUGUGACCGGAGUGCCACAGUGGGAAGCCAUGGCCUUGAGGUGUCUAUCUUUGCCAAUUCCAAUGUCACCGUGGCAAUACAAGGCACCAUCAGCUUCGUCAUCCUGAUCCACCAGUACAAGAAUCCUGCCCCCUACCAGAGGAAUCACCUGGGAUUCUACAUUUCCAACAGUAAAGGGCUCUCCCCUCAAUCCCAUGGACUGCUGGGUCAGUUCUUGUACCAUGAAGUCAAACUUACCCAGGCCCCUCUGGGUGGAAGUCCCCAGCUGGUCAGUCAGAACUCAACUGAACAGCCGAACCCGAGACCAGUGAACAUGCUAAAAGUGAAAGGUAGGCUGGUUCCUGUCAUGUGGAAGCAGAGGAAGAUCUACAACGGCGAGCAGGAGGUCGAUUGCUGGUUUGCCAAGAACAAUGCAGACAAACUGAUCGAUGGAGACUAUAAGGAUUAUCUUGCUGCUCAUCCCUUCGACACAGGAACCAGCUUCGGGGUAACUAACAGACUUUAAGGCCGAUCACUGGUUGCAUCAGCAGACUCAACAACAAUAACCCUGCGGGCGGUUCUUACUUUUUUUAGUGCCAAAGAAACAAAUCUUUUCCCUUUGGAAAUCAGCUUCCCCUCUUCUGUGCUGGCAGGUCGUGGUGCUGAGGUGGAGGUUCAUGUUAAAGUGCUGUCCUGGCGGUCCGCAAGGGAGAGGGCGAGGUAUGUCAGAUUUAGCAGUACAGAAAGAUACAGGUGUAAAACUAAAUGCCCCGGUGGAUCUGUGCAAUACCCACCAGUGUCUGGCUAAGGUCAGAGAUAAGUCAUACAACAUAACCUUCCUUUGGUGGGAUAACAUGACAUGAGGCACUUGCCGUGAAAACUACCUGCGGCAGACGUGCUUUUAGGGAAGGCAUCCCACAAAGAAAAGCCCAUGGUCAUAAGAGGGUUAAUGAACAACACAGACUCAGUGAGUCACAUCAGGGCGUUGGUUUCUUGGCUAUCCAGACACCCAUUGAAUGUGAUGUUAAGUGUGACAGUGGGAACCUCUAGCCACCAGAGAGGCUCACUAGUGAUAUACACCCUCAUGAGGCGUCUUGCUGUUAGAGUAUGGGAACAUACUAAAAAAAG